GAGGUCGCCCGCGGUCCGCAGCAGCCUGGCGGCAGGGAGAGCCCUCCCGCCAGCAGCCUCCGCGCGACGCCGCGGCAGCGGGUCUGCCGGCACAACACGCCCUCGGGCGUAAUGCCGCGCCGCGCCAGGAUCGACGGGAGACAGCCGUGGAAGAAGGGGAUCCAGUGGCAGCGGCCGCCACGCAGACGGGGGAGUGCUGCGCGCCGCCGCUCACCGACGCGCACAGGAAGCUUGGAUGCGCAGCAUUGCCUGGAUGGAUGA